GGCACCUUCCCCAUGCCUGUCUCCACAGGACAUGGAGGUGAGUCCCACCGAGCUCAUGAACAUCCUCAACAAAGUCGUCACCCGCCAUCCCGACCUGAAGACGGAUGGCUUUGGCCUUGACACCUGCCGCAGCAUGGUGGCCGUGAUGGACAGCGACACAACGGGGAAACUUGGCUUUGAGGAGUUCAAGUACCUGUGGAACAACAUCAAGAAGUGGCAGGUGGGGAGGGGGGGCACCCCAAAAUCGGGGGGACACCCCAAAAUCUGGGAGACCACAAGGAACCCCAAAUCUUUAUUUCCCCCAGGCUUCCGUCUGCCCCCCCCACUUUGGGGUGUCCUGGGCCGUCGCUACGGCGACGAGGGGGGGAACCUCGAUUUCGACAACUUCAUCAGCUGCCUUGUGCGCCUCGACGCCAUGUUCCGUGCCUUCAAGUCGCUGGACCGGGAUGGGAGCGGGCAGAUCCGCGUCAGCCUCCAGGAGUGGCUGCAGCUCACCAUGUACUCCUGAGGCACCUGCGCUUGGGGGGGGGCACCUGGCGCCCCCCACACCUCCCCACAUCCGCACCCCC